AUGAUGAAAUGUUUUCGAAGGUUGUUUCCUAAUGAUGAUGAGUAUAGCAAAGUCCUUGAUGAGUAUGCAAUGUUUUCAAUGAAUAGUGGUCUUUUUGAAGAUUUAACAAGCAUUUCAAAGAUGGCUACUAUGGAACCCAAGAAUUGGUGGGUUAACUUUGGUGCUCAAACUCCUUUUCUCCAGACUUUGGCUUUUAGAUUACUUGGACAACCUAGUUCUUCUUCUUGUGUUGAGCGUAAUUGGAGUACUUAUGCAUUUAUUCACUUGCUUAAGAGGAACAAGUUGACUACAAAUCGUGCUCAAGACUUGGUUUACAUCCACAAUAAUCUCCGACUUUUGUCAAGGACUCCGAAUGAUGAUGUAAAGAUGUGGGAUGUGGGUGGAGAUGUUUUUGAUUCAACGGAAGAUGUUGGGUUUUUGGAGGUUGCCGAUCUUUCACUAGAUAAACCGGAUUUUGAAAAUGAUUUGAUUAUUGAUAAUUAA